CCGAAGGAUCGACGAGUUAGGCUUUCACCAAACACUGCAAUUCAGUUCUAUGAUGUGCAAGAUAGGCUUGGGUAUGACCGUCCAAUAUUCAUUUGAUCAAGAACAGAGUCCAGAAUUUAGCCAAGAAAACAGAGGUGUUCCCAAUUCCGAAUGUGGAGUUCAAGACAACCAGCAAGAGGUGAAUUAUGACAUCCCAAACUUGUUUUCAUCAUCUGAUGGUUUCAAGAUUCCAUUUUUAAGUGAUCUCCAGAGCUACCCACAUGGGCAUUUUCUCAAUUUCCAGUCUUUACAAGAUGACACAAUCCUAUCCUCUGGUAAUCAGCAUCAAGGCAGCUUCUUCACCACCACUUCAGUUAAUCAUUUCCCACCAGUUUUAAGUCAAAAUCAGGUGUUUUCUCACAGGGAACCCCUUCAGUCCAGUUUCUUCCCUCUAAUGAGUGAUCCAUUAAGCACACAACUUGAGACCCUUUCAUAUGGAUUUUCCAAUGAUGGUUUCUCAGGAAUAAUUUCUAGUGCUUCAAGAAUUCAAGGGGAAGAGGAGCAGGCUACAUUUUUUACUGCUUCUUGACCCACUGCCUCUGCAUUAUCAAGAUUCAAAGCCAGCAUUUCUUUUCAGAAUCUUCUUCACUUCUCUCAGGAGCUGAAACCUAUGUUGAGUGGAUGUAAUGUAGAAUUUCUUAGGUUAUUAUUAUAAGUAUUAUUUUUAAGCUUCUGUAAAAUUAUCAUUCUUGUAAUUUUGCCUUAAUUGGAUUAUCAGCUCCUCAUUAAAAAA